GGAAUGCUUAGUGACGCAGUUCCGGUGUCAUGUCAGCCUCCUUCCUGAACCGCAUGGGUAGCUUCUGCAGCUGCUUUUAAAUGUGUGUUUGUCCGAGUCUGCAGUUUUUUAAGAUGAUGAUUUAAUGAAAGAAACACACUAACAGGUACGUGUUAUCAUUUGCUAAGUGUGAGCAUUCUUCGUUAAAGAAACUCACCUAAGUCUGUAUGUAAGGGUGAAAUACCGGUGUGAUCAUGGGUUCAUAUGUUAGCCUAAUGUUGCUGUUAGCAUCAAUUCAGACGUGUCAAUUUCGACUUCUGGUAAUAAAUCUUUUGUCAUGACACAUUCAGUUGUUAUUAUGUAGUUAAAAGGAGUGAACAUGACAGCAGGUGUGUAAAUAAACCUUUAACCUGAUCGUCUUCAUAGAGGAUGUUAUAUAACUGGGUGGAUUGGGUUGUAAACAACUUUUUCAAACGGGUUGUUUCCUUGACAUUGAUUAACAGGCACUUGUGAGUUAACAUGGUCAUAUAUCGCUCUAUAAACUGUUUGUGUUUUUUCUGUUUUAACAGAAAUGGCUGAAGUUGUUCAAGAGAAAAGUCGUGGCUUGAAGUUUGCAGAGCAGCAGCUCCUGCGUCACGGCUGGGAACACGGUGAGACCGAAUUUAUUCACCAAACAUAUAUAUAUAUAUAUAUAUAUAUAUAUAUAUAUAUAUAUAUAUAUAUAUAUAUAUAUGACCCUGGUGCAGAUUCCUUACUCUGUCUAUUUAUCCUCAGGUAAAGGAUUAGGCCGCGCUGAAAACGGCAUCUCAGAAGCUAUCAAGGUCAAAGUAAAAUGUGAUAAAGGAGGGGUGAGUCUCUGGUACCAUCUCUGUCUCAGGUUUGGACCCUCUUUUUCCUCUGUUAUUUGUAAGCUCACAUGUUGCUCUUAUCUGAUAGGUCGGCCAUAAAGAAGGGGAGCAGUUCACCUUCCACUGGUGGGAUCAUGUCUUCAAUAAAGCUUCUUCUAGUCUGCAGGUUGAAUCUGACCAGGUGAGUCCUACUCUCACAUAGUGUACAAUCAUGUUUACUGGACUUAAAGGGAUAUUCCAGCGUAAAAUUAAGUUAGGGUCAAACACACCGUAACACCAAGUUAGAAACCCCGAAAGCCGCUUAAUUGUAGUGAGACCUCCGGGCGAGUCCAUUGACUGCUGCUGGGUGACGCAGCUCAAGGAAGAACAUUUAUGAUCAUCUACUUUACGCAGGAUGAAUCAAUUACUGAAACCUAUCUCCUUUGUAACUGAAUGAAGCCAUAUUUGUAUACCUACCAUUUGGUGCUAUGGUGAGGGAAAUCCGCUGUUGUUGUGUUUGUCAGAGGGUUAAAUUUGUUUGGUUUUCUUUGUGAUCCAGAGCGGCAUCAAACUGAAGAAGACAGCGGAGGAAGAUGAAGAGGGAGGGAUGAUCUCCAAUAAGAAGCCAAGGAAAGCCACGCUUGCCAAAGCCAAACUUUAUGGAUGCUUUGUCAAGGUAAAUAGUAAUUGAUAAAUAUGAGAGCAAAAUCCAAUGUCAAUGUGCGAUCUUAGCCAGCAGGAAGACAUUGAGUUGAUUUAAGUCUGACUUUAAUCUGACUGUCACUGAUGUUUGUUUCGCUCCUCUUUCAGUCGGCCACUCUACUGUCUGGUCAGGAGCAGCCGGAGCCAAAGGCCUCCAACUCAGACGACAGCAGCAGCAGCUCAGAUGACGAGGAGGAAGACCAGAGACUGGACCUCUCCAGCACCAUCAAGUAUGAACACAUGAUUAUUAUAUCAACAAGUGUUUUGUCUAGAACAACAACAAAAAAGUCUGCAUCAAUAUCAAUCCUGUAAGCAUGACAACAUGACCCUAUUAUUUUUACUAAUGAGCUUUUAAAUACUGCCUGAUUUUUACAAAUUGAUGCUUUACAGACUCUCUGAUGACGACCUCAUGAAGGCUUGUGGAGGACGCACUGCUCAUAAGUAAGUUAAUUCAUAUAAUUUUAAUAAAAUGGGGCUUUAUUCAAAGAAAAAAAUAUCAAUCAAAUUAACACAACUGUGAACUGUGUUGGAGGAAAAAGAGUAAAACGUACAGGUAUCCAACGACAUCUUUUCUAACUUCUGUGGAAAACUGAAAUUUAAUUCACAUGUUUGCUUCUGUUUCUGUAGAGGAGCCAGGCACGGCUUCACCAUGAGCGCCAAGUUAGCCCGACUGGAGCAGCAGGAGGCCGAGUUCAUGGCCAAGUACGGCAAGAAGAAACAAGCAGCAGAUUCUUCUUCUCCAGUUUGUGUCACACCGACAACCCCUGCUUCCCUAUCACCUGAGCGGAGAUGUGAGGAGCAGGAAGAGGACUCUCGGGGAAAAAAGGUGAAGAAGAAGAGAUCAGCUGAGAGCAUUAAUGAGCUGAAGGGUGAAGACACCGCUGAGAUUCCUGACACAGAAACAGCACCCAAAAAGAAAAAGAAGAAAAAGAAAGGCAGCAAGGACACUGAGGGAAUAAACAAUGGAGUCUCCGCUGAGAGCGAUGUGAUCAGUGUAGAAAACAGUGAGGCAGACAUUUCUGAGAAAACAAAGAAGAAACACAAGAAGAGGAAAAACAUUUCAGAGCAGAGUGAAGAGGAGGGAGCGUCUUCACCUGCUGCACAGAGUCCAGAGGAGACUGCAGAGCUGCACACUGACACAAAAGUAAAGAAGAAGAAGAAGAAGAAGUCCUCCAAACAUCAAACUGAAACCGCUGAGGGAGACGAGAGUCAUGAUACAGAAUCCAGCCAAUCAGAGCCAGUCCAGGAGGAAGCAGAAGUCGUAGCAGAGCAAACAGCAGCAAAGAAAAAAAGGAAAAAGUGUAAAAAGGAUAAAACCUCUUUAGAUGUAGAGGACGCAGUAAACGAGGAGGCACUUCCUCCAAAGAAGAAGAAAAAGAAGAAGUCCAAAGAGUAACGUUUGACCAGCGUAAUUAGGACACUGCUAACGAGGUUUGUUCACCUGAUACCAGACCACAAAAGUAGACCAGCUUUUGUGCCAAACACGGACCUGAGGAAGGACAUGCUCUCAGACGACACAGCCUUAAAUGAAUGAAAUAAGGACCGUUACACUCGAGAGAUGUGCCUCUUCUGCAUGUCAAACAACCUCAUGUAUAAAGAUUUCUUUCAUCAGUAUAAAGACUGAUAUAAAGUACUAUUGUGAUGUUAAUCCCCUGUAGUGGAAAUGAUCAGAAAUGACCUCAUUGAAAUCAUGAAACUUUUGAUGGACAGGAUAUCUCUGCAGCUCUACAAGUCUCAUAGUGGUAGUUUUUUUUUUCUCAACAGAAAAUUAAGAUACUGCAAUUUUAAUGUCUUGAUGAAUUAUUCAUCCCUGCAAAUAAUAAUUGGACCUCUAUUCAAAUGAUGAUCUGCUUUAGAUUUUAAGCAAUCCACACUGUUAUAUUAGGUUGAAUGGGUCCGUUUUUAGUAUUUUGAGGCAUUGAGUUAUUGAUUUGAUGAGUCAGCACUUUCUACAACCCAAACAAAACUUAUGCUACAAAAAUUACAUCUGCAAAUAAGUGAUUGCAGUGUCUCUCUGUCGACCACUUUGUAUGAAAAAUGCAUUUUUUAGGAAAAUAAAUCUCCUGAAUUUAAA